AGAAAUGAAUGCCUGGAGAGACACCUUUAAAGCCCUCAAAGUUUUCAGGAACUUCAAAAGUUCUCCAAUCGAAGCCUAUCUCCAGGUAUGGAGGAGUUCGUAAACAAAGUACAACUGCACUAGUAGCUAUUCGAGCCUGCAUGUGGAAUGGACCAAUUUCUCACAACACAUUUAUGCAAGUCCAACCGGAUCAUAGUCUUCAUGGUGGACAAUUCUCUCCUCUUCUUCAUAGUUAUCAUAUUUUGUCUCGUUGGAAUCCAAGACCUUGGUUAAUAUUCUUACUUUAUACAAUCGAUCGGGUCAUUGCUGCCUUCUGUCUCAGUAUAUCGGACUGUGACGAAACUUUUAACUAUUGGGAGCCCUUACACUUCAUAUUAUACGGCUUUGGUUUUCAAACCUGGGAAUACAGUCCAGAGUUUAGGUUGCGUUCUUAUGCGUAUCUCUUGAUUUAUGCCUUGUUUGGCAAGUUAUUUGCUCUUUUUGUCUCCAAAGAAAACAAAGUAGCGCAAUUCUUUUUCAUUCGAAUACUUAUUGGAAUAUUCGACGCCGUUAGCGAAACUUUUCUUUACAGAAGUCUUUCAAAGAAAUUCGGAAGUUCAACGUCUCUGUUGUUUUUCCUGUUUUCUUUGCUAAGUCCUGGUCUUUUUAUAUCUACAACCUCCAUUCUGCCGAGUAGUUUUUCGUUAAUACUGUUCAACUUUGCUUUGUCUUAUUGGAUCUCUGAAAAAUGGGUUAAGGCUGUUGUCUUCGUAUCUAUUGCUGCGUUGUGGGGUUGGCCUUUUGUUGCUGUAUUAGGUAUUCCAUUGGCUCUUUAUAUCGCAUACUUGAAAGGAAUCGGAUAUAUGUGCAAAAUAACUUUUUUAUUAGCGAUUUUCAACUUGUUGCCGUUAUUUCUCGUCGAUAGUUAUUUCUAUGGAAAACCUAGCGUCACGCCAUUACAGUUGAUUCUCUACAAUGUCUUCCCAAAGAAAGGAAAAGGAUCAGAAAUAUUUGGUGUAGAGCCGUGGUAUUACUAUAUUUUGAAUUUAUUCUUGAACUUUAAUAUUGUUUUUUUGCUGUCUCUCGUUUUCAUGCCAGUUUUCCUUUUAAUAUUUCCAUUGUCAAAAUUCAAGAUAAGUUUCUUAUGGAACAACAGACAACAAUGGAUGGAGUCUUUAUGGUAUUGCAGUCCACUUUACCUUUGGUCGAUGAUAUAUCUAAGCCAACCUCAUAAAGAAGAGAGAUUUUUCUUCCCAGUAUACUCAUUGAUUUGUCUUUCUGGUGCCAUAUGCUUGCAUUCCUUGCAAAGAGUUUUGCAGCUUCUUGAACAGUGGUUUAAUAGUAAGAAAAUUUUGCCUAACUCUUCGAUGAAGAAAAGUAAGCUUUUGAUUGGAGAGAGAUUGAUUGUAUGUUUCCUAUUCUUAUUCAUCUGCUUGAGUUUGGGUCGUAUUAUUAUACUGGUACGAGGCUAUCAAGCUCCAUUAAAUGUCUAUAAAGAAUUUUCGAGAAGAGAGCUUCAGAAAGACUUUCAUUCGUCAAGAGAAUACAAUCUAUGCAUUGGCAAAGAAUGGUACAGAUUUAUGUCUCAUUUUUUCAUUCCGAAGAGGCAAAUUAGAGUGAGGUGGAUACCUUGUGGUUUUGAUGGUAUUCUUCCCCAGUACUUUGAUGAGAGUGGAAUUCCAAAAGGAACACGUACGAUUCCUCUCAGUAUGAAUGAUGAAAACAGAGCCGUACCUGAACAGUUUUUCUAUUCAUUGAAUGCUUGUGACUAUUUGAUAGACUGGGAAAGUUUUUUCGAUGAACCAAAUGAAUUAUCAAAGGGUUUACGUCCUAUCUUAUCUGAACCAUUUCUAGAUAACCGUCUUACUUCAAGAUCCUUUCGUGUCUUUUACAUUCCUUUUAUUUCUAGCAGAGCAGUGUACGGUCGUUACGUUUUGUACAUUUUGAAUGGCUUUCAAAAUUCGACUACAUGAGUUUCUGAUGGAAGGUGAAUUGAAUCCUUGUUGGAUUAUGAAUAUACAGAUUUAUAGUUUUUAAAUUUUUAGUCAUAUAAAAAGUGUAUUUGUAAA